CGUUCGAGAGUAAACGUAACAUUUCAUGGCGGAUUUCGCCAAGACUGAGCGACAACCAAGACAGAUGGAAACAGAACAUACAGUUCCAGUGUCAGCAUCUGGCACACCGCUACAUGGCCAUCCCAUCCAGAUUGUGAUCACAGGGGAGGACCACCAGUUUGAACUAGAUGAGUCCAAGCUGGAGGAGAUCCUGUUGAACCCCCUCAUACAGGAUAAGAAGGUGGUUGUGAUCUCUGUGGCCGGGGCAUUCAGGAAGGGCAAGUCAUUCCUCCUCAAUUUCUUCCUCAGAUACAUGAAUACAAAGGGUCACCCAGACUGGUUAGGUGGAGAAGAUGCACCCUUAACAGGAUUCUCAUGGAGGGGCGGCUCAGAAAGGGAAACGACUGGCAUCCUCAUGUGGAAUGAACCAUUCAUAUGUAAAAUAAGAUCAGGAGAAGAGGUGGCAGUGCUUUUGAUGGAUACACAGGGUGCGUUUGACAGUGAGUCAACAGUGAGAGAUUGUGCCACAGUGUUUGCACUGAGUACUAUGCUCAGCUCUGUCCAGGUGUUCAACUUAACACAGAAUAUCCAGGAAGAUGACCUACAGCACUUACAGUUAUUUACAGAGUAUGGAAGAUUAGCCCUUGAAGCAAAUGAUAAUGUCUCCAAACCGUUCCAGUGUUUAGAAUUUCUGGUGCGAGACUGGAGCUUCCCAUAUGAAGCACCUUAUGGAGCAGCAGGGGGACGUAAGAUCUUGGAGCGUCGCCUCCAGGUAUCUGACCGACAGCAUCCAGAGCUUCAGCAGCUGCGGCUCCAUAUUAAAUCCUGCUUUACGAGCAUAGGCAGCUUUCUCAUGCCGCACCCUGGACUUGGGGUCGCUACCAAUCCCAAUUUUGAUGGCAAAAUCAAAGAUAUAGAAAAGGAUUUUAAGGAACAGUUGCAAAUUUUAGUACCAUUACUUCUUGAUGAUAGCAACCUGGUUGUCAAGGAGAUCAACGGAUGUCAAAUCACAUGUCGAGAACUAGUUGAAUAUUUCAAGGCAUAUAUCAAGAUUUACCAGGGAGAGGAGCUACCGGAACCCAAGUCCAUGUUACAGGCUACAGCAGAAGCAAACAACUUAGCAGCAGUGUCCAGUGCCAAGAGCCUCUAUCAAAAGGAAAUGGAAAAUAUUUGUGGUGGAGAUAAGCCAUUCCUUCAUCCUGACGUCCUAGAGAGAGACCACCAACGCUGCCUUGAGAAAGCCCUGUCAACAUUCACAUCCACACGGAAAAUGGGAGGGCCUGAGUUCAGCAAGCCCUAUGGUGAUCAGUUGGAGAAAGAAUUGUUAGAAAUGUAUGACAAUUACAAAAAACAUAACGAUGGUAAAAACAUCUUCAGUUCCGCCCGUACCCCUGCUGUACUGUUCACAGUCAUGGCUAUUGCGUAUGUGUUUUCUGGAGUGUUUGCUCUGAUUGGCCUGGACUACUUUGCCAACCUAAUGAACUUAGUGCUAUUCAUGUUCCUCAUGUUAUUGUGUACCUGGAUGUACGUGAGGUACAGUGGUGAACAGAGGAUGCUGGGAGAACAUAUAGACUAUAUCGCUGAGGUGAUCUGGGACAAGGCUCUUGCACAAGUCUACACAAAAGUUUUGGAGCAGGGAGUGAAACAAGUAGCAAGACAGAAUUCCCGACCAAAACAAGAUUAACAGUGUCCAACUUGUGUUCAUUUCAGCAGUACUUUGACAUAGAGCUGGAAAAUGCUCUCUGUUACAUUUCCAGAAACAUUUGUAAUCGGAGAAUAGUGAUGAUAGCCAUAACGGUGCAAAUAUACAGGUCAGAGGCCUGCUACAAAAACUGAGAUAAAAAAUAGGGUUAAUUUAUUUAUAUUAAAUAAUAAAUAUACUACAACAUAGAACAGAGGCUGUCCUUGAAUGAAAAAGUUGCAGUCCUCUGAAUUCUAAAUUGGAAGUAGUGUGAACAAAUUGUGAAUUUGUUUUUGGUCCUUCCACUCCAUAAAGGAUAUUUAAAAAGUAUUUGAUAUUGUGUUUUGUAUAAAUAUGAUAGCAAAAGUAUUUAACUGAUAAGAAUAUGUAAACGACCUUCAGUAAACAUACUUGUUAGAGUGGUUAUUUUAAUGUAGUGGUAAUUUUUUUUACAUUUUUACAAAGUAUGUCUUCUCAAGGAAAAAAUGGAGUGUACAUGUAUUAAUAUGCUGUAUAUCUACUAAAAUUCAUGUGUGCUAAUACAGUAUUUGUUAAUUAAUUUUGAAGAAAUACUCUAUGUAUUAGAAAUUAAGAAUUCAACAGAUUUUCUCAUUGUUAUUGGAUGUUUUCAGAAAUUAACAAUUUCUGUUAAGUGUAAUAAUGAUUUCUAGGAUUUCAUCUUGCAAGUUUUUCACGAUUACAAAUGUAGGUGCAAUAUAGGGAUAGCAAACUUCCAUGAGAUGGCAGUUUUACUCUGGUUGUCAGAAAAGAUGAUGGUUUCAGACCUAAAUAGUGUAUAUCUGUUGUCAAAGUGAAGGAUUUUUAUGGCGACCUAAUGGUUAUUAGUUCUGUAUAAUCAUUAGUUGACAGUACAAGGGAAAUAACUCAACACUGAAUGACCUCAUUUUGUUAUGCUCAAAUCUUGGAGCAUCCAGAACAUAUGUAGAUAGUUGAUGUACAUGUAAGACCUUUAUUCAUAUGCAAGUGCUAAGUGAUAUUGAGAUAUCACUUUAUAUUAAUUGUAUUGAUUUAUGGUGUUUUCUUUUUGAAGAUUUAGAAUUUUCAACUAUUACCAUUCCAAGACUGAAUGUCUGAUAAACCAGUGUUCUGAAUGUUUGUGUUACUUUUACUUACCAAAUUUUCAACCACCUUUAUCUGACCUGAUUUUGAAGAUUUUUUUGUGUUAAGUUUGUAACCAUUUUAUGAAUUUUAAAAAGAAAACAUUUUUUCAAUCGCAAUAUCUUAUCACAAUAUCAACCCUAUGAUAUUAUUCCAUUUACAUAAUGGUAAGUUUAAGUUAGAUUUUCAAUUUAGUAAUGUUUAUGUCAUCAACAUAUAUACAUGUAGACAAAAAGGCCCUGCAGAUCCUGUUACUGUUACAAAUGAAGCAUGAGGAAUGUACAAGGUCCAUGUGACAUUUUCUUGAUAUUGUGAGAUGGCAUGUAUUUAGAGUUUCUUUAUAAAAUGAGCAACUUUUUUUUCAAUAUUUUUCUUUCUUUCUAAUUUUAACAGUCAAAUGUCCAAAGUAACCCAGUUUAUUUACUACCAAUAUUUAUAAUGUAGAAAUCUGGUUUAAUAUUCACAACUGUAGUUAUUUUUAUACCACUCUUAUAGAAUAUUACUUCAUACCAUGACCGAUAUCCUUUGCUUAGCUUAAAUUUAUCACUUUUUGUGAAUGAAACUUUGUCUCUUUAGAUUAUUAAAUUUUCAAAUUUUAUUUAAGUACCGAAAAGAGAUAUUUUAUAAGUACACAUAUAACUAAGUGUAUAGCCGUAUAGUUAGAAAAAAGCCAGUUUUAACAGUAUUAUUCAAACAAAAGGCAUGUUACGUUUUAUUGUUAUACCAUAUUAAAAUUAAAAAAAUCAUCCUGUGUAUGUUUGAGAUAUAACAAAGCACAGAGUUUAAUAUGAUUAGAUUUAUUUGUAAUUUUGUUAAAAUGAUUCAAAGUACAAUUGUAAUUCAUAAAAUUAGUUUUAAUAGCUUAUAAUUUGGAAUAAAUUUCAUUCUGUCAAUGAUAUCAGUUUUAAUGCCAGACAAAAUUGUUAUUUAUAAGUUUAUAAUUAGGAAAUUCAUUAUAUGAGCUACAGCUCGAUGUUUGUGAGUAAAGAUGCAUUGUCAUCAGCAAUGUUUAAAACAAGAUGAUUGUUUUUUGCACCAUUGUGUAACAUUGUACCUAUUUACUCUUCUAUGCUACCAUAUUCACUCAAGACACAUUUAAACAGAUAGAGGCAUCAGGACAAAACUCAGAUAUUUUUAGGUCACCUGAGACAAAGUCUCAAGUGACCUAUUCUAAUCCCCUUUUGUCCGUCGUCGUGCGUCGUGCGUCGUGCGUCG